UGACGUCACGGCGGCGCGCCGGCCCCGAAAGAAGACCCCGCGCGACCGCGUCCCCUCAGGUCCUUGAGCUGGUGCUGACGGCGGAGCUAUGGCUUUGACCCUGUUGAGACUGGCUCCUGUGUCCGCGUCCGCGCGGGGCCUCGCGGCGGUGGCCCAGCGCUCGGGAGGAAUCCAUACGAGUGUACAGGGCCAGAAACAGUUUGGUCCUUUGGCGUUCAUAUUUGGUGACAAAACAUCAAAAAAACUGACAAAAUUCAGCAAAGUGAUAACCGUCGAUGGCAAUAUAUGUUCUGGAAAAAGCAAGCUUGCAAAAACAAUAGCAGAGAAACUAGGCUUGAAGCACUUUCCUGAAGCAGGAAUACACUAUGUAGACAGCACCACAGGGGAUGGAAAACCCCUGGACGUACAGUAUAGUGGCAACUGCAGUUUGGAGAAGUUUUACGAUGAUCCCAAAAGUAACGACGGCAACAGUUACCGUCUGCAGUCCUGGCUGUAUGCCAGUCGCCUCCUGCAGUACGCAGACGCCUUGGAACACUUGCUGAGCACAGGGCAGGGUGUCGUGUUGGAGCGCUCCAUCUACAGCGACUUUGUGUUCCUGGAUGCGAUGUACAAGCAGGGCUUCAUCCGGAGGCAGUGUGUGGACCACUACAACGAGGUGAAGAAAGUGACCAUCUGCGAGUACCUGCCUCCUCACGUGGUGAUCUACAUCGACAUGCCCGUUCCAGAGGUCCAAGCUCAGAUUCAGAAGAAGGGAGAUCCACAUGAGAUGAAGAUCACUUCUGCCUAUCUUCAGGACAUCGAGAACGCCUAUAAGAAGACCUUCCUUCCUGAAAUGAGUGAAAAAUGUGAAGUUUUACAGUAUAGUGUAAAGGAAGCUCAAGAUGCAGAAAAGGUGGUGGAGGACAUCGAAUAUCUCAAGUUUGACAAGGGGCCGUGGCUCGACCAGAGUGACACUUCCUUCUACCAUCUGCGGAUGCUGGUUCAGGAUAAGUUGAAGGUGCUGAAUUACACAACCAUUCCAAUCUAUCUCCCAGAAAUCACGAUUGGAGCGCACCAGAGUGACCGAGUCUUCCGUGAAUUCUCAGAGCUGCCGGGCCGCAAGUACUGCCCCGGGUAUAAUGCGGACGUGGGCGACAAGUGGAUCUGGCUGAAGUGACGGACCACCCUCUGCCAGAGCUGUAUUGGCAGUGAAGAA